CUGCUACAUAUCUGUAACAUGCGUUGAUUGCUUAUCGCACACGGUGUAAGGGCGUGCCGGUACCUGCCGCACUGACUGACGAAAGACUUAAAUAAACAAAUCCGGUGGCAAAGAAAACAAAAAAAAAAUCCAGCACUGAUCGUUACGAGAUUUCUAAAACCGGAAUAUGUGAAUAUUUGAGCGUGUGUAUGUGAGUGUAUUUCGCGAUCAUAAAACCAGUUCUAAUGCGAACCGGGAACCGGUAAACGGUCAGUUCAAAACUUACCGAUCCCUUACCGAUUUCCUUAGGGUUCUCAGCCCUGCCACAGCGAAGGUUUGUGUGAAAGAGAGAUCAGUAAAGAAAGCUAUUCGAGUCACUCACUCCUGCUCCGUUCCUGUUCGUUGCUCCAGUUGCGAUUUCUGGGUUUAACGCACUAUGGUCGAUUUGCUUUUACAUUUUUUUUGUUAUAACUAAACAGAAAAUCAUUUUUGAUUUAUUAAUGCUUAUUAUAAAAAUUUAAGAAAAAAAACUUCGAAAUAAAAUAUAAAAAAAGAAUUGAAAAAAAAAUACAAAUUUUCACUCACACAUACACACACACGCUUUCUGAAGGAAAAAUAAUCACCAAGAAAAAUCGAAUCACGCUUCGAAUUGGUGUGUUUUUUUUAAGCUUAUGAUUUAAUUCAGGCACCAGGCAUAAGAAAGAAAAAAAAACACAAAACAAAUAAUCAGUGAACCGUUAGUGUUCGAAGGGGAAAGUUUAUUUUCGACCCAUUGAUGUCAUCUGGUGCGCGAAUAAGUUUUCGCCGAGAUGUUCCAUGCGCAGCAUUGCGGGCUUACGUAAAUCCACCCGACAGUCCAUAUGGAUAGGCUUCAUUAAAAAUGAAUUAAAUUUGACAGCAAACACUGGAAUCGCACUGGAAACCCUUUUGCAAAAAGGAAAAUUCCUAAUCAAUAAUGUCGGUUGUAGUCGAUGUACAGAAUUGAUUAAAAGUUUCACAAAGGCAUCUUCCAAAACCUUGAACCAAUUUUCAAUUCGAUCUGUAUUCGUUUAAUUGGUGGUGAUAAAAAUAAAACUUUUAAAACUGAAAACCUUGGGUACAAUUCUCUCCAUACCGUCGCCGAUCAAUCGGUUUGCGUCUGUGUAAAGUUCGCAAAACUGGCGCAGUAAAUCGCAUGCGUCGAAAAUGCGCUGGUUAAAGCUGAUCAGUCGCCGGGGGGCGGUUUUUUUUUCUCUCAAUGGGACAGUAUGUAAGCGAAGAAGCAAAACUUUAGUACGGAAAAUAUUCCGGCACUGGUAGCCCAUAGUUCUGAGCCGGUGGUCGCAUUCGUGUCAGUUGACUGCGUUCGGCAUUUCUGUUUCGAGCAUCGUCCGCACAGGGGGUACUUUCCCUCACGGUUCUCCAGCGGUUGCCGCGCGCGUAUUUGCUAGUGUGUGUGUGUGUGAGUGUACGUGCGUACGUGCGUGCGUGCACUCUCUUUUUUUUUGGAGUGCGUUUGCGGACGUGUAGUAACGUGUUUGAUUCGCGUGUGUGUGUCAGUGUUUUGUGUGUGUUUGUGAAGGGCAAAGUGUAAUUAGCAUUAUAAGCAAACGGGUGGUAAAAGAAAACAAAUGAAAUAAAUCAGCUUUACACGUAUAUAACAAUAAAGCCAAUCUUUUGCAUCUUAUCGACCCGGCGUAAAGUAAGUUCUGCUCGUUCAAACAGAAACAAUACGCCCCGCGUUUACAGUAGAGUUCACCUUGACCGCCCCCUUUUUACAUCAACUGUCCAUAAAUGGGUGUUUAGAGGGUUUAGUGGCGGUUUAGGGGGUUCGUUUACCGAAGGGGAGGGUGGAUGAGUUUGCUAGUCGAUCAUUAAACGGUACUAAAUAUAGAAAAAUACAUCAACACAAUAGAAAACUCUACCGAACGGCAAUAGAUUACAAAAAUCUACAAAAAAAAACAAGUCAGUGACAGUUGUGGGGGCAGAGGGAAGAGCUCUAAGUAAAAGCUCCCCAAAGAAAAGAAGACAAAAAAAAGGCAAACGAAAUAAAACAUGACCACGAGGAAAAAGAAACGUCAGCAGGAUGGAGGUGGAGGCGCGGGCGGAGGUGGAUUCCUCAAGAAGGUUUCGUCCUUAUUCAGCCUGGACACGGUUCCGACAUCGAAUGCGAAUGAUACAAAACAGCUUAAUGGCGAUUCGCCGUGGGAGUACGAUGAGAUAACGCUCGUACGUGGCUCGACCGGGUUGGGCUUCUCGAUCGCGGGCGGUACGGACAAUCCGCACAUCAAUCUCGACGCUUCGAUCUACAUCACGAAGGUGAUACCGGGCGGUGCGGCCCACGUCGACGGUCGGCUGCAGGUGAACGAUUGCAUCGUGGCCGUGAACGAGGUGCGCGUCGUAAACGUAACGCAUGGUGAAGCCGUCGAUGCACUGAAGCAGGCGGGCGAUCGUGUAACGCUGCACAUCCGCCGGAAGCGUCCGCCCGCCCAGGCACCGAAGCUGGAGGAGAUCGAACUGCUGAAGGGUAGCAAAGGGCUCGGUUUCUCGAUUGCGGGUGGCAUCGGCAACCAGCACAUCCCGGGCGAUAAUGGCAUUUACGUAACGAAGAUCAUGGAGGGCGGUGCGGCCCAUAUCGACGGGCGGCUGGCCGUCGGUGACAAGCUGAUCGCGGUCCGGACACCGGACGGCGGAGAGCGCAAUCUCGAAAAUGUCGUGCACGAGGAAGCGGUCGCAACGCUCAAGGCCAUCACCAACCGGGCCACGCUGAUCGUGCAGAAGACGAACAUACUGCAGGCGCUCGCUAACUCGAUCAGCAACCUUAACUCGCUGUCGACCAACGCGAUGAACAACGUCGGCGUAAGCAUGGUCGACCAUGCAUCGCCGGAUGCUGGUGGCGGCGGUGGUGGUGGUGGCGAGGCCGGCGGAGGCGACACCGAAAUGGCACCAACCGCACGCUCCCAUUCGCCGGCGUUCGCACUAGAGAAUAGCUCAUCCCGGUACGCAUCGUCAAACGUGCUGGAGACGGGUAUGCCGAUCGGUACACCACGUGCCGUUAGCAGCGAAGACAUUACACGAGUACCGCGCACGAUCGUUAUAAGGAAAGGAGCGUCCGGGCUUGGGUUCAAUAUUGUCGGCGGUGAGGAUGGACAGGGAAUCUUCGUAUCGUACGUGCUUGCUGGCGGAGCGGCCGAUCUCGGUGGUGAGCUAAAACGUGGCGAUCAGCUUCUUUCCGUCAACGGCAUCAGUUUGGCAAAUGCAUCACAUGAAGAUGCAGCGCAAGCACUUAAAAAUGCCGGUGGCACGGUAACGCUGGUUGUACAGUACCGACCGGAAGACUAUAACCGGUUCGAACAACGCAUCCAGGAGCUGAAGCAAGCGGUAGCAGCUGGUACCGGCACGUUACUGCGAACCUCCCAAAAGCGUACACUCUACGUGCGUGCCCUGUUCGAUUACGACCCGAACCGGGACGAUGGGUUACCGACCCGUGGUUUACAGUUCCGGCACGGUGACAUACUGCACGUGACGAACGCAUCCGAUGACGAAUGGUGGCAGGCACGGCGCGUUAUUGGCGAGGACGAGGAGGAAAGCAUCGGUAUCGUGCCGUCGAAACGGCGCUGGGAGCGUAAGCAGCGUGCCCGCGAUCGUAGCGUUAAGUUCCAGGGUCACGCCGGUGCGAACAAUAACAACCUGGAAAAGGUAUCUCCAACGGGCGAGGAGGUUUCAACGCUCGAUCGUAAAAAGAAAAACUUCUCCUUCUCCCGCCGGUUCCCGUUCAUGAAGAGCAAAGACGAUAAGAACGAGGAUGGAUCGGAUCAGGAGCCCAAUGGUAACUUGAGCGAUCCGAAUAGUCACGAUCCCGAGCAGCCUUUCAUGCUUUGCUACACACAAGAAGACGCGAAUGCCGAAGGUGGUGGUGAAAUAAUCUACCGCGUGGAAUUACCUGAUAUGGAGCAGAUAACUCUUAUCUACCUGGAGAAUAACUAUGCCGACUCGGAGGAAAACAUCUUGUCGUACGAGCCGGUACAGCGUUUGCAAAUUAGCUACACGCGUCCCGUGAUUAUUCUGGGCCCGCUGAAGGACCGCAUCAACGACGACCUGAUCUCGGAGUACCCGAACAAAUUCGGCUCGUGUGUACCACAUACCACACGCCCGAAACGUGACUAUGAGGUGGACGGAAGGGACUACCAUUUUAUAGCGUCACGCGAACAGAUGGAAAAGGACAUCCAAAACCAUCUGUUUAUCGAGGCGGGUCAGUACAAUGACAAUCUGUACGGCACGUCCGUUGCUUCGGUGCGCGAGGUCGCCGAAAAGGGCAAACACUGCAUACUGGACGUGUCCGGUAACGCGAUCAAGCGGCUGCAGGUCGCACAGCUAUACCCGAUCGCCAUCUUCAUCAAACCGAUGUCGGUGGAAUCGAUCAUGGAAAUGAAUAGACGCAUGACGGAGGAGCAGGCAAAGAAAACCUACGAACGAACGCUAAAGAUGGAGCACGAGUUUGGCGAAUACUUUACCGCCAUCGUGCAAGGCGACACGAUCGAGGAGAUCUACAGCAAGGUGAAGAAUGUCAUCUGGUCUCAGGGCGGACCGACGAUCUGGGUACCGUCGAAGGAAUCUCUAUGACCGCAGGCAAGCAUCACCUGGACGCUGCCACCAAAUAUGCGUGCACGCCCCGUAUCCCGUACCUCCGGCCACCAUUGACCGGUACAGCGAGACUAAAAUGGAGCUUUUGUGCUGAACCCAAGGGGGUGGGGGGGGCGAACAGUGACGAAAACGCAAAAGGAAAAAAAACCAGAAAAUUGUGAAUGAGUUAAGUCAAGCAAAAAACAACAACAACAAAAUAUUUGAAAACUCGACAAAAAAAAAUUAAACACACACACAAACACGUUAAACAUAUUGGUAGGUGACAGAGGUGGGCGAAGCAAAAACAAAAACCACCCUCCACUUAUUUUGCGGAUACCUUUACGAAACCGUUUAACGUAUUGUAUCGGGAUGAGCCGAGGGUGAUGGUUUAGAUUUGUUUGCAAGCGAAACAAAACAACAAAAAAACGGACAAAAUGUGCCCGGUUAGGAAAUACAUUUGCAUACGGAAGAAGAAUAAAAUGUGAAAGUGGUGAAAGUUAAAACAAAAAACAGUGGAAAAUCUGCAAAACGUUGCAGCAUAUCGCGUAGAUUGUGGUACACGAUUGUAGAUUUACACGUUUGUGCAGCUCUUUCCCCUUUGUUUAUCCCUUGUCCCUCUCCUUUCUCCCUUGCUUAGCUUCCAUAAUAUCCUCUUCCUUUCCAUUUCCCAACCACAGCAUAUCCAAAAACAAAAAGAGUUUAGUAGGAUUGGAUAAAAAAAAUUUAGAGAGAGUAAUUGUUACUUGAGAAUUGGUGUAGCUAGCAAAAUCAUAACGCAGUCAGAGUAUCCAGGUCCAAGGGCAAAUGGUAAUGAAAAAUGAAAGGGUGCUGAAUAGUAAAGGGAAUGCGAACACUUAACGAAAACCAGGGUGCAGCUAUUAACAGGCGUUGACCACCCCGUAGCAAAGAGAUGGUAGCAAAACUACGGUUGAUAUGAUCGUAUUUAAAUCGAAUACUAGACUAUUUUAGGACGAUGGCCCCGUCAUUUUCUUCAACCCUCUAUCCCUUAUCUUCUCCCCUAUCACACCUUAUCCCACAUCACGCGUAGUAAUGUAGCUUUGUUCAGCAGCUAAGCGUGUAGGCUCCACAGCCGGAAGGAAAACGGUAGCUUAGGAAAUGGUUCAUCAUAUGGAAGACGCGGUAUUGUACAGAAUGAAUGCUUUACAUAUGAGAGAGAGAGAAUCGUCCAAGAAAAAGAGAGAAAAAAACACACAGUAUGGAAUAGAUGGAAAUUUUUCAUUAGCUUCAACGACAUAAAAAUCAGUCCCGAGUUGAGAUUCAUUUCGGUUUUGUUGCUUUGCCAAAAACACAAAGCGCAAAACAACUACACAAAAUAAAAACCCGCCCAAAAUAGCGCGAAUAUCCUCAAUUCGUUAAGAUAAACUGUUACAGCAUAUCCAAAAUAAGAAGGAACAAAAGAAAAAAAGGGAAACAAACGGUGAAGAGCAUGAAGGAAAAAAAAGUGAAGCAAAUUAUUAUUUUUUUUUCGGCAACUUAGACAACACAAUAAUGUGUAGCGGUAUGCGUACUAUCCUUCUUCUCACCUUUCCAUCCCCAAGAUCUCUCCCACAGUUAACGGACGACCCUAUCUUACCCCUAUCUGUUCCCAUCAUUGUCCCAUCCCCCCCGGGUUAGAAAACAUAUGCGAGGAAUGUUGUUGUUUAUUAAAAGAAGAAAACAAAACAAAACAAAAAAAAAAUACACCCCCUAUUGUAAUUAAUGAUUUUUUUUAUUAUUGAAUAAUAAUUUUAUUUUAACUGUAACAAAAAUUGGAUCCUCCCCCACGUUUCUAAGGUGUGCAAACCGUGUGUUUGAAGGAAAUUUCGCUUGCGUGAAAUCGCCCAAAAGGGUUUGUCUUUGUUUGGUUUUGUGUCCCGUUCUUAGUGUCGUUUUUGUCCGGACCGGUUUAUUUAGCGAUUUUGAAACGCGGACACAUUAAGGUUCGUUCGGUGGAUUGUUCUACUUUCGCUGUUACUUCAUAGAGAGAGCGGGCGCGGCACCAGGGAGCAGUGGUGUGAGACUAGAUUUCUAUAAAGGGGACGGCAUUAAACGAUUUCCUCGCGUAGGAUAGCAAAACGAACAUGUUCUGGUAAGGCAAUUAAUGGUAACACGUUUUAGAGGCAAGGCAAUAAGCAAAACACGUGAGUACUUUUCCCCUCCCGUAUCGACAGAUUGUGGAACGGGAAAAAAAUUGUUUUUUUUCUGUCAAAAAUUUGUUUUGGGGCAGCUUUACAAGAAGAAAGUGUUCGUGUGUGGGCGCAUAUUGAUAGAAUAAUUUAUCUUCCCGUUUGCUGUUACGUUAGACGAUUAGUGGUGGUUAGGAAGAAAUCACCAGAAAGUAGAGAAGUAACAAACAAAAAACCCACAGUAAUAUUAAAACAAAUUGCGGUACACUUUGUAACACCACUUUAAAGGCGUAGAGCGCGGCUUCUACAUCAAAAUCUAACUAUAUAUUUGCAAAUCAUUGUAGAUGAGCGAUUGCCCGUUGUGGGAAGGAGAAAACCAAAAUUGCACAUCACCUAAUUGUUUUGUGUGCAAACAUUAAAUGCAAUAAUAAUCACAGAAGCAAAGACACCUGGUUCACCCCCACAAUAGAGCAAGGCAAAGAAAAAACCCUGCUGUAUGGAGAAUAAUAGCAAGUGUACAUAAAACCGUACGCGUUAUAUGCAGCGUGUAAAAUGAAGCAUAUGAAAUCAUCCCUUGUGUGAGUCCCACGGCAAGUCCCUUUCCUACCCGGCCCAGUAGAGGCUGCUAAGCAAUAGGUGAGUGAUGGUGUAGUAUGUAAAGCGUAAAAUCUCCCUUUACAAACUAGGCUUACAUUUAUAGCUAUACGUAAGGAGCGAAGGAUAUACUUCUAAAGCAGUUUAUUACAUUUUGUAGGACAUAAAUCCGGGCACACCCCAAACUCUGGGGUCGGGUGACGACCAUUUGUGACGAGUGUAAAACAUUGCAAUGAGAUUGAAAAUACGGAGCGAAAAAAAAUGUCACACGAAAGAGAUAAUACACACAGCACACAGCAGAAUUACGAUGGAGACACGUUUAUUUAGCGGACAAUCAAGAUUGAAGCAAACAAAUAUGGCGGCUGGCGUAAAAAUGGAACUCCACUUAAAAUGGUUCUUGUUCGCAAAAAUGACGCGUACAAGGUUACAGUGCUGGAUUCAGUGCUCGAUUAUGAAAGUCCUACAAGGAAAUAUUCGGUUCCCGUAUCGAUAAUGGCAAAUGUUGCAGACGAGCGUAUCCAAACGAGAAUUCAAAGGAGAGGUGUGUUUAGGUUGCGAAUUUGAAGUCGAUUUUUUGGGGAUGGUAUUUAAUGCCGUGAAGCUUACUAACCGAGACAGAAUGACACAUAUGACAGCCAAACGAUUCAGUAUUUCCAGAUGAAGUGUGUGUUUUGCACUCAAACAAGAAACAAACCUAAACGAAACAAAACAAGCUCUAUUUGACCAAUUUAGAACCUACGCCUUUAGAACAUUUUCUUCGUCCCAUUUCUCUCUCUCCCUCUCUCUCUCUCUCUCUAGCCCACCCAAUCCGUUCCGUCCCACCCAGGACUGUGUGCCAAAAAAAAUCAAAUAACAAAAAAAAACAAAAUGUCCAACUUUGGUUCGUUACGUUCCAAGUUGUUCCAUCCCGUAUAUCCCGUAACCCACCCAGCGUGUGCCAUUUCCCAUUCUUUUUUCCCUUUUUUCUCUCUCCUGUAUGGAAGGGAUAUUUUUGUUCCCCACACUCGCUUCAUGUAGACUGUAGACGAAGGAAAAGGUAUACCGCACUAGGCAUUUUGUAUUGCUUUGCAAUUUUUGGGCAGUUAUUUAGUUGUGAAACCAUUGCGUGUUUGGUAAUAGACGCUUUAAAGUGUUGUUAAGAAUUGGGCAUGUUCCCCCCUUAAAAGAAGCAAAACAGACAAGGAGAGAAGGGGAGGAAAGGGAAUAGGAAGGCAUAGAGAAAUAGUCUAUCCAGAACCUAAAACUAGCCAAAUGAAAUAUAACAAAAACUAGAAAGAGAGAGGAGAAAAACCCAUGCCCACAUGCUAAAGUAGUGUUCGAACUCUAACAAAAACAACCAUUCGAUGGGGGAAAUAUAAAAAGAGCAACAAAAGAAACAAUAUUUAAUAUUCAGCGUACUGAAAUCGAUCUUUCAGCGUAGGUUAGUUUCUGGUCUGGUUUUGAUAACAGGCGCAACGUUGUGCGUGAACAUUGUUUCAGUUUUGCAGCUUUAUUCCUUCUAGCAGGACUCGCAUACAGAUACUAAAGAAACAACAAAAAAACACAAAAGAAUUGUUACUGGUUGAAUCAUGCUUGGGUUUAAUUUUUGUUGUGAAAUCAAUAUCAAACAAAACAAAAACAAAAAAGCAAACCCUAUACAAAAUACAUAAAGAAUAUACGAUUACUAAAAACAAGAACAAAAAAACAAAAGAAACCUUUAGACCUCGUUAACGGAAACGUAAAGCAAAUAUAAAGGGCAAAGACGGUAGGAAGAUAAACCAAACAAAAGCAAAACAAAAGCAAAUGCAAAAACGAUGCGGUGCGUACGUAGUUAAAUAUUUGUGUGCGUGUGUGUGUUAGGAAAUGUACACAAGGAAAGAAAUACUUCCCCCACAAAAGAAAAAAGAAAACAAACUUGUAGAAAAGAAAAAAUCAGAAACGAUUAACAAGCAACCACACUGAAGUAAGGUCAGUUAAGAAAAGUGAUUAAGUUGCAGUAAAUCGAAAAUCCAUAAAACAAAACACAAAAACCAAGAAACAAUUAGCACUUGAUUCUAUAUCAUUUAAGUUCGAAAACUCAAACGAAAAAAAUAAAUAAAAACGAAAACAAAAAUAAGCAAACGCGAAUGAAAAACAAACAUGUGACAAAAAAGCAUAUAAAAAGCUCCCCUUAAGCAGAAAAAAGAAAGCAAAACAUACCCUUACACAGACAGCGUGACAGGCAUACAGACGUGAAAGGAAGGUUACAUAAAUUAGGAAGCUGCCUUACAUAUAGUCCCACUUUUUUAUAAAAAUGCAUUAAAGCAAAAAUUACUAAAUUGAAAUUUAGUCUAGAUUGGGAGCGGUACAUGGAAUGCCGCAGAAAAAAAACCAAAACCAAGAAAAAAAUUUCAAAAAAAAUACACACACAGCAAGAGUCGAGAUGCCCUUAAUAAAAUGUGUGCACGAUGGGACAUACAACAAAAAAAAAAUAAAGGAUACUUGAACCGAUAAAAAAGUAAAAGAGUGAAUGAACACUAACAAAAAAAAACAACCCCCAGACAUUCAAACCUAAUAACUUGUUACUGUCACCCUGAUCCGUAGACGUGUAGAAGGAAAAAUGUUUCGGGAAAAACCAAGCUUAGAUCGUUGAUGAAAUUUAGUCCCGUACUUAUUUUUUGUCGGAUGUUUCAUUUGCAUAAGAUCUGUCGGGUUCCGAUUUGCCGGGUGAUCAGGAUGAUAGAUUAUUAAAAAAAAAUCGCUGCGAAACAAAAUGGGGGUGACAUUGUUUAACGCAAUAAUGGCGUUUUGUUUGUUUCUUGUUUUGUCCCAACAACGUUUUUCAUUUCAUUCUUCGUUUGGCACAAGGUGCGAUUAAGGUGAUGCAUAUGUAGAGAAUGCAAUGUUGUUUGAAAACACUAGUAGAAGAUAUACAUAUACAAAUAAAUAUAUUUGGCGAACCCAGCAAGAAAGCACACGGGCAAACAAAAAGGAUACCCAAUCAGAUACGGGGGUGUGUGUUAGUAGUGUGCAAUGUGUGGGCCUGUUAAAAAAUGUUUGGUUUUUGCAUGUAAUUUUAAGCGUAACGGAGGGUGCGUCAAAUGUUCGUCCAAUUGUAAGGAAUACAAUUGGUAUUUAUGCAAUUGCAGUGUAACAUCGUUUUUUUGCGCUUUUGUAGCUUUGUUAACAGGGGAGUAUCGAUCUUUAAGUGGUGCAUUGUAAGGCAUAGUACUUGGUGGUGAAUAAAAAAAAGCAAAAAGAAAAAAGAAAACGUUCCAAAGAUAGGCUCCAGCCAGUAAAACCAAAAAUGGUUUGAAGCUGUACAGUGGAAAGUAUGUACAUUAGAAUGCAAACCAAGGUUUUGCAGGUACACACGCGCACUAAAAACCGAAGCAAGCAUUGUUUGAAAAUGUGUAGUGAAAACAGUUUCAUAUAAGUUUAUCAUAAUAUGCUCCACUUCGAAAAAAGAGGACCAUUUUUAUUACUGUUGAUUUAAAUUAAGAAUGAAUGCUGAAUGGUUAAUGGAUGCGGUGACGCCUAAAGGUAUGCAAUGUGGCAAAUUUUAGGCUCUUCCAUUUUAUGAUCUAGUGCGGGAUAUACUUCAUCCCUAAAGUCAAUCGGCAAGUGCUGGAUCUCCAAAUGUGCUAUAAAAACCUUAUAGCAUACCUUUAGGUGCUUCGUAUACUAGACAAAUCCCAAAAACAUAGUCGCAGACUAGUGAGGACAUGCAAUACAUUCUGCCUUUUUUUAAUUUUACCUUGAGGAGAGAGCCGUUUUAUUACAUCAAAGUGAUUUUGUUUUUGCCCACUGGAUGAGUGUUUUAAAAGCAAUUAUUUUUUUUAAAAUUCUGCAUCUAACACCAAUGUGUUACAACAGUUUUGCUAAAAAGCAUAUUUUCACAAACAAAUAUUAUUGUUUUUUUAAAUUUAUUGUCCCAAUUGUUGUGUAAUUUAUUUAUCGAGCAGAGUCGGGCACACCAUUAGCACAGCAAAAAAAAGAGCACUGCAGAGGAUAAGAGCAAACAUAAGAGCACGGCGUGAGAGAUGCGUCAGACCGUGUAUCAUGGCAGAAGGUGGUAAUAUGAAUAAGACAAUUGAAUAAAGCGAACACAAAACCUAUUGUAGAGCGAAAACCGAAAAGGAAUAACAUUAUAUAACAAACAAACAAAAAAACAUGCAAAUGCAUUUACACACACAAACAGAGAAGAGAAAACAAAUCCGUUACAGCAUUAUAUUGUUGAUUGAAAGUAGUGAUGAAAGUACGAUGUGAAGUUACAGUACAGUGACCGAGGCAAAAGGAUAGAAAAGCAGAACACAAGCUGGUAAUAGAUAGCACGAAAUUGAAAGCUACGGGGAAGAUACCGCAACUGCACGAGCAGGCAAACAACGGCAAAACCCCUUGGCUGCGAUGUGAACAUUUCACUGAUAAUGAGCCGUCUGGUGGAUAAAUCGUAUGGGUGUGGAUAAAACACAAUUGUUUAAGUAUUGUAUUGCAAUAAAACGUGACAGCAAGUUGGUGCAAAAGAUGA